AUGUCCGAGGAGAAACCCAAGGAGGGAGUGAAGACGGAGAACGACCACAUCAACCUGAAGGUGGCCGGGCAGGACGGCUCCGUGGUCCAGUUCAAGAUCAAGAGACAUACGCCGCUCAGCAAGCUGAUGAAGGCCUACUGCGAGCGCCAGGGCUUGUCAAUGAGACAGAUUCGAUUCAGGUUUGAUGGACAACCAAUUAAUGAAACAGACACCCCAGCACAGCUGGAGAUGGAAGACGAGGACACCAUCGACGUGUUCCAGCAGCAGACGGGGGGCUCCAGGGUGGCCAGCUGCCUCUUGGGGAGCGGCCUCUAG